ACAACACCCCCCUCGUCUGGUCAACAGAACGUACACGAGGUCACGUGGUCGAAACCCAAUGAGGGUGUCUUUAGUUUGGACUACACCUUCAAAGUACGAUAACUUGUUUAUACAUUGUUUUUAUCUUUAAUGUUUUUUUCAGAUAUUGGUAUAUGUUUACAUUUUAAUGAUUUUGGUUCAGCGGGAGACAACAAGUGUCUGUGGGAAUAAAAAAGGCAUAUGUGUUCCCCCCAUUAAUGCCACUCAAUGGUAUUGCCCUCACUGGAAAUUGGAUGGCUCUUGUAAUGUCUUGUUCGGCUUUGAUGAGACAUUACUGCAAUGAAAAAUAUUUCAACCAUGUUGCCCAGACUGCGGCGGCCGCGCAGACUACAUUCCGCGGCGACCCGAUCUUCAGCGUCUUCCAUGCGUACGGCAUCCUAAUGCAAGGUCAAGUCGGAGAAGCCGCAGCAGAGCUGGACUCCAUCAAAGACCGAGCCGAGGUGUCUCUCUGCACCAUGAUGGCUCUUAUCUACGCGGAGAAAAGAAAGAUCCAGCCAGAUAAAGAAAUAAUUCGUGAAUAUGAAGCCAAAAUCAGAGAGGAUCGCAACACUGCGUCUCCCCAGAGUCUGUAUCAUGCCGGGAUGUUUCUUUGGACGAUAGGGCGACACGACAAAGCCAGGGAAUACACGGAGAGGAUGAUCAAGCUCUCCAAUGGCUCCAGAGAGGGGAUGGUCCUGAAAGCGUGGAUUGAUGUGACAUGUGGGAAAGAUGAUCACGCCAGGAAGGCUGGAAAACACUUUGAUGAAGGGAUGAAAGAUCCUUUUGCGCUCAUGGGAAAGGUACAAUACUGUGAAUAUUGUGAAAACUACAAUGGAGCGUUGGACAUGGCUAACAGGGUCAUUGCCAGUUUCCCUGGCUUCCUGCCUGCUCUCAUUAAGAAGAUGAAGUUGUUUUUAAACCUCCACGACUGGGAGCAAACCAUAGACGCUGCCUUCAGCAUUCUUCAAAUGGACACAAACAAUCUGGAUGCCCUCCAAAUGAUAACACUGCAUUCUUUAUGUAUCAGUGGAGACAUAACUGAGUCAGCAAAGACUCUUUCCAAACUCAUCAGCAGUCUGGAGGUCCUGGAACCUCACAACCCCGAGCUUGCUUACAAGAUGUGUUUGGCAUUUAGCCGAGUGUGCGGACGGAACAAGAAAGUCCUUGAACAGGUGUUCAGGAUGGUGGAGAAAGCCUUCGGUCUGACGUCAGGGAACUCUGACUUAGCCACGGAGUCGGGCUACCUUAUGGUCCUUCAGGGUAGACUCAAGGAGGCCAUGAAGUGGUACAAGACCGCUAUGGCUCUGGAUGAGACCAGCCUUUCUGCACUGACUGGUAUCAUUUGGUGUCAGCUGAUGGAGGGCUGCCUUGAAGAAGCAGAGAAAGAUUUGGAAUUUCUGACAGAAAUUCAACAAACCACUGGAAGAUCAGGGGAGAUCCUGUAUCUGCGUGCUCUGGUGGCAGUGAAGAAGCACCGUCCCCGAGAAGAGGUAACCAAGCUGCUGGACGAUGCCGCGGAAACCCACUUCUCUACUCUGCAGGGUCUACCUCUGAGUGUGGAGUACUUUCAGAAGCUCAACCCUGACUUCCUGCUCGAGAUUGUCAAGGAGUAUCUGGCCCUUUGUCCUACCAAGCCUUCAGCUCAGGGCCAGUCUCCUGCUCCGCAGCUCAGACGCUGUGCCGCCUUGUUGGAUACUGUGGUCAAGAUUGUACCAGGUCUCCUUCAAGGGCUCUUUCUCCAGGCCAAAGUCAGAUACCAGUCUGGCGAUCUGGACGCUGCUCAGAACAGUCUGCAUCACUGCCUGGAACAAUGUCCUUCUCACAUAGACACCCAUCUGCUCAUGGCGCAGAUCCACUUGUUGCGUGGAAACUUCUCUUUGUGUUUCCAGUCACUGGAACUCUGCCUCAGCCACAACUUUCAGAUUCGAGAACAUCCGUUGUAUCUCCUGAUCAAAGCCCAGGCAAAGAAGAAAAUGGGGGAGUUGAGUGAGGCUAUUCACAUUUUGCAAAUGGCAAUGAGUCUUCCGGGCGUCCGCAGGACCGGAUCAACAACAACAACAACAACUACGUCCAAGAACGAGAAGGUGGAGCUGAGUCCUGCACACUGCGUCUCCAUCUUCUUGGAGUUAGCCGAGGCUUUGCGGCUCAGUGAUAAACAGCAAGAGGCGGCCCAAGUCAUGCAGGACGCCAUCAACGAGUUCUCAGGGACCCCCGAAGAGCUUUGCGUCACCAUCGCCAACGUAGACUUGGCGUUGCUGCACGGCGACACGGAGCUGGCGCUGAGCAUGCUCAGAAACAUCACGCCCGAGCAGCUCUACUACAUCCAAGCCAAGGAAAAGAUGGCAGACAUUUACCUGAACCACAAGAAGGAUAAGCGUCUCUAUGUCGGCUGUUACAGGGAGAUAGUGGACAAGCUACCCAGUGCUCACACAUACGUCUUGCUAGGGGAGGCUUACAUGCACAUUUUAGAGCCAGAGAAAGCCAUCGAGGUCUAUGAGCACGCGCUGGACAAAAACCCAGAUGAUGGAGCUCUCGUCAGCAAAUUUGGCAAAUUUCUGGUCAAGACGCAUUACUUUGACAAGGCAAUACAUUACUACGAAGCCGCCCUGAAGACCCGGCAGCACAACUUCCUGUGCUACGACCUGGCCGAGCUGCUCAUGAAGAUGAAGCAGUACCAGCGCUGUGAGAGAGUUCUGCACGAUGCCGUCGCCCUCGAGCCAGUGAACAGACGAGGUGCACUGGCAAACCAUUGCCGUUAUCUCAUGCUGCUGGCAAAGGUCCAAAAUAAAGUUGACAAAGCCGAGGAAGCCUUAAUGUCCCUGCAAAGAGCGCGAGACGUCCAGGCCAAGGUGCUGAAGCGGGUGGAAUCGGAGGAACCCGACGCCAUCCCGGCGCAGAGGCAGCUCGCUGCUAAGAUCUGCGCUGAGAUGGCGCAACACUACGCCAGUCAGAGGGGCUACGAGAGAGCCGUCAAGUUCUACAAAGAAGCUCUUGUGUAUUGCGAGAACGAUCACAAGGUGAUGCUGGACUUGGCCCAGAUGUUCCUCACCCUAGACGAGGUGGACGCGUGCCAGGAGCAAUGUAGUGUCAUCUUGAAGAAGGACCAGUUUAAUGAGGAUGCAACUCUGAUGAUGGCUGACCUCAUGUUCAGGAGGCAAGACUAUGAACAGGCUGUUUUCCGAUAUCAGCAAAUCUGGGAGCGCAAGCCAGACAACUAUGCUACUUUUUCCCGUUUUAUUGACCUGCUGAGGAGAGUGGGAAAGUUGGAAGAGGUGCCCAGAUUUUUUGACAGAGCGGAAAAGCAUUCUUCCAGGACAAAGUUUGAUCCUGGCUUCAACUACUGCAGAGGCCUUUAUCUUUGGUACACAGGAGAACCUCAUGCUGCUCUGCAGAACCUCAACCAGGCACGACAAGACAACAAGUGGGGUCAAAAUGCUCUCGAGAAGAUGAUUGAAAUCUACCUAAAUAUCAAUAAUGACACUAUGGGGGUGGAGCUAUUUCAUUUAGAUGGUGGAAUGGGAGCCUCCGCAGAGAAACAGGAGAUGGAGUUGGUUGCCGUGACAACAGCCGAGCAGCUGCUGAAGGAGAUGAAUCCGGAGACUCCAGGAGGACACAUCCAGCUUCGUAUCCUGGAGAACUACUGCUUACUGGCCACCAAGCAGAAGGCCAACAUAGACAGAGCUCUCUCGGCUUUCACGCAGAUUGCAACAAGUGUGAAAGAUCACGUACCAGCACUGUUGGCCAUGGCAACGUCCUUCAUGAUGUUAAAGCAACCCGCUCAAGCUAGGAGCCAAUUAAAACAAAUCGCUCGGAUGGCUUGGAAUCCCGUUGAUGCCGACCAUUUUGAGAAGAGUUGGCUGCUCCUGGCGAACAUCUACAUCUACUCGGGGAAGUACGACCUGGCCGAUGACCUCCUAAAGAGAUGUCUCCAUCACAACAAGUCGUGCUUUAAGGCGUACGCCUACCGAGGUUUCAUGAUGGAAAAAGAGCAGGCCUUCCGUGACGCAGCGUUCAACUAUAAAUUGGCUUGGAAAUACGGAAACCAGUCCAACCCAACCAUUGGAUACAAACUUGCUUUGAAUUACCUAAAAGCAAAAGAGAAUUUGGAUGCCAUAGACGUCUGCAAUAAAGUUCUUGCUACUUAUCCCAACUACUUGGGAAUUAGGAAGGACAUCUUGGAGCAAGCUUGGGCUGCUUUGAGGCUGUAGGACAGGGGUCUCAAACUCAAUUUACCUGGGGGCCACUGGAGCUAGGGUCUGGGCAAGGCUGGGACGCAUCAGGUUUUCCAAAAAACAAAACAAAAACGCAUUUAUUAAAAACAGAAAAAUAUACAAACUUUUUCAGUGCUUUGGU